GUCCCAUCUAGUCAAAGUGUCAAACCUAUAGACACAAUUUGAAUUCUUUCCACACAAUUCCAAAAAAACAAUACUUUCCUCACUCCACUCUGCAAAACAUCUUCUUCCCUUUCACACACCUUCCCAAAAAACCCUAACAAAAAAUCACUCCAAAAAAUGAAAAAACCCACCACCAUAAUCCACCACCACCUACUCACCACCACCAUCUUCAUCCUAACCCUAACCACACCCCUCACCACACCCAAGUCCACCAUCGAGCCAUGUUCAACCAACGACUCAUGCACCUCACUUCUCGGCUACACCCUCUACACUGACCUCAAAGUCUCCGAACUCGCAUCCUUAUUCCAAAUCGACCCAUACGCCCUUUUAUCAUCAAACUCAAUCGACUUCACUCAAUCAUCAAACGACGUCGUUUCACACAUCUUACCAUCUCAGCUCUUUUUACAAAUACCCAUCACUUGUUCUUGCACUGACGGUAUACGUAAAUCUGUAUCUACACAUUACAAGACCCGACCGUCUGAUACUCUGUCCAACAUUGCUGAUUCCGUUUUUGGUGGGCUUGUGUCGGCUGACCAGAUUAAGGAAGCGAAUGAUGUGGAUGAGGAUGUUGGAAGUGUGAUUGAUGUUGGGAAGAAUUUGGUUGUGCCGUUGCCUUGUACUUGUUUUAAUGGUACGGACAAUAAUGUGCCGGCGGUUUAUUUGUCCUACGUUGUUAAGAAUGUGGACACGUUGGCGGGGAUUGCGGCGAGAUAUAAAACAACGGUGACGGAUCUGAUGGGUGUGAAUGCUUUGGGGAAUGCUGCUAUUGAAGAGGGUGAUAUUCUUGCUAUUCCUUUAUCAGCUUGUGCUUCAAACUUCCCACGUUAUGCAUCAGACUAUGCAUUAUCCGUACCCAAUGGAGCCUAUGCUGUCACUGCGGAUCAUUGUGUUGAAUGUAGUUGCACAGCAGGGGGCAGGUUGUAUUGCCAACCAGCUUCAUUAUCAGUUUCUUGUUCGAGUAUGCAAUGCAAAGGUAGCAACCUUAUGCUCGGAAAUGUUACAGCUCAGCAGACUAGUGCUGGCUGCAACGUCACAUCUUGUGGUUAUGGUGGCUUUGUCAACGGAACAAUAAUCACUGCGUUGUCAAAUUCUCUCCAACCACGGUGCCCAGGGCCACAACAGGUUCCACCACUAAUGCCACCACCAACCAUGGUUAGCCCAAACAUGGGGUAUGCUCCAGCCCCUUCGCCUUUCCAACUCGGUGGUGCACCAAUGGGCGGUCUUCCAGGCUCAACAAUUCCAUCAACUGGCUCAAGCAUAGUACUCCCUCCUGCAAGUGGUCCUAGUUUAAGUUUCUCGGCUGCGUGCACCUUGGUGACCCCGUUGUCCAGUUUCUCACUAGCCAUAGCUCUAGCUUUGUUUGUCAAGGUGGCACAUCCAUUCUUGUAGUAUUUGAAGGUACAAACAUGUUUGUUGUACAUUCAACCUUGAUUAUGCCCAAAAAAAGGACCUAUUCACACGGGGUCGGCUAUUUUGUAUUAGGUUUGGAAUAUUGUAUGAGAUUAGGAUGUCUGUAGUCACUUUUUGGAACUUAACAUUCGAAUGAAAUGAAUCUUGGUGACUUCC